AUGGCUACAUCACACCUGGUUUUCGGAGAUGUAGAUCAACCUGGGGGACAAUGGACGGACUGUCCAGAGGGCACAACUGCAGAUGUUCGGUCCCUAAUCUAUGCUGGAAUGCUCUCCCUACCAGGUUACAGCUUCUCUGAGCACCAUGAACAAGUCCAUGGCUGCUCUUUACCUCCCUUUACGAGGCCAUCAAGACAGGCUGUUGCGGAAUAUCUGGCGGCAUAUUCCAUAUCCGUAGGAAUAUCCGGGUCAAUUCGAUGCAAUGAGGAAAUCCAGGGCAUUGUUCGCACAGAGAAUGGUUUCUAUAUUGGAUCACAUAACAUCACCUGCAACAAACUAAUCCUCGCAUCUGGUGUGUUUGCCGAGAGCAUACCUCCGACGCCAUUGUUGCUACCCCUGCUUAGAUUGCCAUCUCCUUCCCCAGUGCUAUCACGUCCUGCACCUCUCCUGGUCGUCGGAUACCAAUCCAUCGCCUCUGAGAAGUUGCCAUCAGCAAGCCUAGCCAGAGUACGUGGCUAUUACAGACUCAUGAAACGAGCAUUUGUACAGUUGAAUCAGAAUGGCUCAUCACGGUCCCCGAAACUUGUAGGUGGAACUUCCAUCCCGUUUCUCGAAGGCAGAAAUUGGGAAGACGAUUAUGAGGGCAUUCCGAACACGAUAAUCACAGAUGUUGUAUUGGAUUAUGAGACAGCACUGGUAGCAUUCCGAUGCCAGGCUGGGAUCACCUUUUCUCGCAAAGUGAGUGGGUUGGCAUAUGUGGUUGGCCGACAGAGCACAUUGAGCUACCUCAGCAACAAUUUGCUAGCUGAAAUAUUCGGAAAGCAGUCACUAAAGGAAUGCGAACGAAUAUCGAGGAAAAGAAUGCGUGCACGGGCCUUGGAGGGUUUAGAGGUGACAAACAACGUAUUUAUCAUUGGCAGUUUAACUGGAGACUCGCUGAUCAGGUUCGCCUAUGGCGGCUGCAUCUAUGCCGCUGGAAGGCUCAUACAAACGGACUUAAAUAUCCAGAUUGAAGAGGAAUGUUCGCAAAAUUCCGGCCCGAAAACAGCAGAUAGCGAACAAAGGAUAAUUCAAAGUGGCAGAGGUGAACGUAACCAUAUAGUACUUAACGCAAAUGAAUCGGAACUGCAAAAACAUGUCGAACGUGAUUUGGCGGCAAUUUGGGUUAAAAGUUGGUGGGAUUCUAUGUUUUCGUUGAUUUUUCAUUGA